AUGGUUAAUAAAGCAUCAAAUGACUCAAAGCUUCGAUAUAGAAAUGAAUGGAAAAAUAUCGAACCAUUAGCAAUCCAGGUAUCAGAAUUAAUUUCCAAAGCACCAUUGCCUGCCCGUAAUGGCUUAUAUUGUAACAAAAUUUUAUGGUGUUUAGAAGUAGCAAGAAAAAAAGUUCAUGCAAUAGUACACAGUGGUUUAAAUUCAAAUAGAAAUAAUUUAACAUCAUCAACAGCAUCAUUAACAAACAUUCCAACUAUUAUAACAACUUCACCAUCAUCUUCAUUAAAGAAUAGUAAUAGGUCAAUAGUUUUGUUGCUGCAUCAUACUCCUCAGUUAAUUCGACAACAAAGUAAUAAUUUAACAUCAUAUGACGAGGUUGAAAAAGGAUUCAGGCAGGUUGGUGUUGGUCGUGACGAUAGUGAUGUUGGCGAGGCUCAAGAAGAAGAUGAUGACAAUAACAAGAAUAUGGAAUUUAAAUUCGAUUUAGAUUUGACUACAAUUAAUGUAAUGGACUAUAUCGAUGACUUUGAAAAGAAAUUAUUGGAAUAUUCAGAAAAAGAACAAGUAGUUCAAGAUUUCAACAAAAAUAACAUAGAUUUAAUUCAAUAUUCAAAACAGUCGCAGAAACUCAAAGUCUUUCAAUCUCGAGUAAAUCAGAUAAAGCAAAGUUCAAAUCAAUUUCAAGUUCACGUACAAAUUCAAAAAGUGUUAAUGGAUGAACGUUCAGCUCUUAUAGACGUUGGUGCACAGUUAUCAUUACCAAACCAAAGGCAGUCCUCAUUAAGAAAUAACAGUCACACCCAAACAUCACCAAAUUCGACAUUUUAUCAUAUAAUUAAUAAAACGCCUCACAUUUUCAGGACCAUCACUGCUGCGGAUGCUGCUGCUGCAGGUAGUGCUGCUACUGCGGGUGGUGAAGGUGGCACAGAUGGUACAGGUGACUCAUCAACAAGUGGAUCAACAGGUAUAAUAGCAGGUAGCUCUUCAGACUGGAAAGACUCUUCAGACGCAUCAGAGGACUCUUCAAAAGGCUCAUCAGAUAGCAUAUCAUCAUCAGCUAGUGAUUCAUUUUCACCAUCUCCCAAACUUCAAAUUCCUAAUCUUCUUCAAACUAUAAAAAUAAUAUUAACGUCUCUGUCUUAUGAACAUACCAAGAAAUACAAAGUAGAUGAUCAAAUAAUACAAUUUUUCAACAUUGGUCAUGAUACUUCAGUUGGCAUAUCAGAAGUUUCACUGAGUUCUCGUGCUGAUAGAGGGGAUGGCAUUGGUUUCAAAGCAAGCUGA